AUGUCUUACGGUCCGCGCAUGAGCAUGGCUCCACGCACCACCUCCCACGGCGCCCACAACCAACGCGCGCCUCCACCGCAAGAGAACGACGCCUUCAUGACUCUGCCCGACGCUGAAAUUGCUGGAUGUAUAACAGACAUCGGCAUCGGCUUCACCGUUGCAGACCUCCAAAAGCCCAACCCACAGAUCAUUCAGAAAGUUUUCGAAUGGCUUGCGGAGUUGCUUAUGAACACCACUCGCGAAGUGGUUGCACCUGCAAUGCGCGCUGCGGCAGAGGACCUGUGCGGCGAGGGUGCUGAGCGUUUGUUCACCAGCGACACACGCGAUCUGAUGGCGUUCUUCGUCAUUUUGAAGAAGCUACUGCGAGAGUGUGGCAUCUAUGAUUUCACUUUCGCGGACCUCUACAAGCCUACGCAUCAUCGAUUAGUUAAGAUCUUCUCGCACAUGAUCAACUUUAUAAGAUUCAGAGAAUCGCAAACGGCGGUAAUCGACGAGCACUUCAACAAGGCCGAGCGUACAAAGCUUCGCAUUGAGCAGCUGUACAAUGACAAGGAGGCGAAGGAGAUGCAGCUUGCUGAACUCCAGCGUAACCGAACGGCUACCGAGAGGCUUAUGCAAGAGAAGAAGAAGCGCAACGAUGAGCUCAAGGACAGGCUUCUAGAGCUGAAGCGGGGCCAAGAGGCAGUCAUGGAGAAGCUUGAGCGAGCGAAGGCUGAGCAAGCCAGACUCAAAGAAAUGCUGCAGCAGAAGGUCGAGAACAAGGAGAAUGUGCAGCGCGAGAUCAUCAAAUUAAAGCCAUACACACAGCAGAGCCCAACAGCUCUCGAGGACUCGCUGCGCGACCUGAACGACCGCCUCUCUGCCGACAAGAGCCAAAUCGACACCCUAGAUCGCCGCGCCCGCGCUCUCCAAACAUCCACCGACUCAUUUGGCAUAGUCAUCACCGACGUCACGUCCUGUACACGACUCUUGACGGACGUACAAGCCGACCUAGCUAAAGAAGAAGAGGAACUAGCAAAGGCAUCGCGACAUAGGGACGCACUCGCAGACCGCAGCAACAACGUUAGGGACGUUGAGAGGCAAGAGCGACUACUCCAGAAGCAGCUGAGCAAUGUCAACGCGCGAACAGAGAAGCUGAGAACGAAGGGCAACGAAGAAGCAGAGCGGGCACACCUUCGUAUGGAAGAACUGCGCGAUACACACGCCAAACUAGCCGAAGAGCGAGGCGAAAAGGGGCGCGAGAUGGAGAGGCGGCGAGUACGCAUUGAGCAGACAGAAAAGAAGAUGGCUGAGCUCAAGGACAACAUUGAGAACGAGGUCCAUGCGGCGCACGACGAGUACCUCAAGAUGGAGAGCCACAUCAAGCUCUACAUCACCGAGAUGGAGCAAAGUAUCUAG